AUGGCAAGAAUCAAAGCACCUGCAGAGCUGCCGGAGCUGGUAAGAGCAGCCUUCAGCAAGGCUCGCUCGUCUGGCGAUCUGCACUUCUUCCCAACCCAAGUCACUUUGCUCAACGUCGACUCCAUCCCCUUCCAGCUACGCUUCUCCCCCGCACUGGCAAACAAGCCCAAGGGCCCCCCCCGCGAUCCCACCACCACACCCCAGAAGCCCUUUGACCCCUUUGAGAACCCCCCAGCCGCUCUCAAGGUGGCAGAUCUCGGGACUGCGCACUUCCUCGUCCUCAACAAGUUCGCCGUCGUCCCGGAGCAUUUCAUCCUCGCCACCACACCCUUCAAGCACCAGACCCACGUCCUCGAGCCGGACGAUCUGGAGGCGACCCUCGCGUGCAUCGAGGCUUACGAUGCCGUCGCGGAGACGGAGGAGGGAACUUCUUCUGGUGGUGGGAAGUCGGAGCAGGGGCUCUACGCCUUCUUCAACUGCGGCGACCACUCGGGCGCGAGCCAGCCUCACCGGCAUAUCCAGCUGCUGCCCAUCGCCCGCAUGAGGGACGGUCUUGACGGGCAGUCAUCGGCUUGGGAUGUCAUGAUCGACCGCCUGGAUACGUUCAAGCCCCCCUUUUCAAUCUUCUCAGAGGCCAUAAGGCUGGGCAUGUCCGGCGAGGAGCUCCACCAGACAUAUCUACGACUGUACCGACGAGCAUGCCGCGCUGUGGCUGUCUACGCGGGUGGCGGCGCAGCAGCAGCAGCCCAGGACGCUCCCUCUCAGGGCGAGACCUUGAUCAGCUAUAAUAUGGCCAUAACCAGAAACACCAUGGCUAUCGCCCCGAGACUCGCCGAGGGUGCCAAGAUCCUGGGGCCCGACGGCCAGAACUUGGGAUUCGCAGCGCUGAACGGCACAGUCCUGGCUGGGACGGCGCUCGUCAAGAACGAGGUGGAAUGGGAGGCAUUUAUCAAGGACGCGAAGGGGCUACGUGAUGUUCUCAAAGCGAUCGGGAUCCCGCAAGAGGGACCGUAG